AUGGGAAAUAAGAAUAUAUGUUGUACUUAGGAAGAAUAAUAGAAAUAAUAAUAAACAGUUGGUUCAGAAUGUAUAACAACAAAUUCAGAUAUUAGUGAAGUUAUUCCUAUCCUGUAGUUGGUAUAAUCGAGUAAAUGAGAUCAUCAAUAAAGAUUACAAUCAUAUGCCAUUAUUAAAUGAAUUCAGAGUUUAGCCUACACUUAAAACGAUUUAAUAGCAUCUACAUAUUAGAAAACAAAUGAUAAGUGAUAUAUUUUAUAGUUUUGUUCAGAAUCCCAAGGAUUUGAUGUUUCAUUCUCAGAUGAAGAUUUCAUUAGUUUAAAAAUCCAUCAUUAUUACAGAUAAUAGUUAAUAAUCAUAAUUAGCUUGGAGUUUCAUAAAGGCAACAGAUUUGUAAAUUUAAUAAUCUCAAUUAUCUAGUCAUAUUGAUUUAAAAAUGGAGAUUAAUCAAUUUAUUCACUUUUUUGCUGAUCUGAUUCAAAAAUUAUACAAAGCACCAUAAUAAAUUGAUGAAAUACAGAUGCUUAUUUUAGAUGAAUUGUUUGGAAAUGAGAGUUUUUAUGAUUUUGUUAAACUAUAAUAUGAUAAGGGAUUACAUAGUAAAAUAAUUGCUUAUAGAACUAAUAUUCAAAAAAUAUAAAAAUCUUAAAAUAAACAAGAAAAAGCAAUUGCAAUAUUAUCAAGCAUGGUUAAUAAAAGAUCUCCUAGAGAAAAAUUAUAAAUUUUAGAUAUGGCAGCUCAAAAAUUGACUUAAGGUAAAAAAAAUGUAGAUGCAGAUAAAUUUAAUGAAUUAGUAUAUGAUUUGAUUGUUCAAGCAAAUAUACCUUCAUUUGUAACUGAAAUAAAAAUGAUUCAUCAUUUUGCUGGAGAAAUGUAUAAUAAUAUUUGAGAUUUAUUAGAGAUUCAAUGGGAAGAUAUGGUUAUAUUCUAACUACUUUUAUGGGAGUAUUAAUGUUAAUAAUAUAAAAUUAUUGA